AUGGCGGUGGAGCAGGCGGAGCGCAAGCCUCGCCACGACCGGAGCCCCUCCCCAUCCCACGCGGCCCGUCGGACGUCUCCCCGCUCCCAGGCCCCGCCACCCGUCAUCUCGACCAGCAAGUACAUCCCUCCCCACGCGGCUGCUCCUUCGGCUCCGGCCGCCUCUACCGCCCCGGGCAACCCGCCCCGCGGAUGCCAGGGGGCUGCCAAGAAGAAGAAGCGCCGCGGCCAAGGCAGGGGUAACCAGGCCGCUGCGCCCCCGCUUGCCCCGAGCUCCGCGACCACCCCGGGCCCGGUGUCCGGCCUCCCUCGCCCCCCGUGCUUCAAUUGUGGGGUGGCGGGUCACUCGCAAGUCAACUGCGUCAACCCCCAGUGCUGCUACAUCUACAAGGAUCCGGGCCACCCUGCUCUUUUGUGCCCGGAUCGUCUAGUGACCUCUGAGCUCAUGAUGUACGGCCACGGCAUCGAGGGUCUUGGAUUCUUCCAGCUCAAGGUCCUUGACGUGCCUCCACCCACUCCCUCGCUGCAGGCGAUUGUCACGGUGGUGGAUGGAGUUGCCUCCCCUGAGAUGAUUGAGGCAGAGCUCAACCACCUCUAUUGUCGCCAGUGGGACUAG